GCGCAAGAUAUUGAUAACUAGAUGCAGUAAUCGUGGGUGAAAUAUAAACAUAAACAGCACUAAUUUACGUGUAAUGGGGAGCUAGUAAUAUCUCUAUAACAUAGGAAAUGUGUACUUGGCGUUUCUUAGUGAUUUUACUCUUGAACAUUAUCAGUAGUUUGUGCAUUCAAAAUCAAAACCACAGACCGUCCAGGCAUACCAACAGACGAGACUUUCACAUCAGAGAGGGUCCAUCAGAGUUUGACUGGGAACAUGGACUAAGGGAAUCAACAAUUCAAGCUCUACACAGAGAACACUUUGGGGAUCAUAACCUCAGGCACCUAAUUUAUUCUGCACCCCUAUUAGGUAAACGAAACAGAGCCAUUCCUUUCGGCGAUAUAGCCGUCCUAGCCAGAGGUCAACUCUACGCCAACUAUGCCGGUUACAUCUUCGUACAAGACCCCCACGAAAACGACUGCGACGAUUGCUGGUCUUCGAACCGAACACCAUGGCACCCGAGACAAAAUGAACAACUGGUAGCUCUGUGGACUGUCAGAAGAAUACGACACCGAUACUUAGAAAGAGAUCCCAAAUUUGAAAUUGAAUAUACUAUCUCGCCGGUAAACUUAAGAUACCACCACGAAAAUUACAUAAAUCCCAAUGGCGGUUUAAAUUAUAAUCUUCCUGGACAUAUAUUCGUAUUGAGAAGUGGAGAUAACCAUCCAAAUAUAGAUGGGCACUUUAAUACAGACUAUCAAAAGGAUAGUGUGUUUAUAGCCCAAACGCCUGAUGGGACCAAGUAUAUUUUGCACAGUUUUCCUGCCUACUUAACAUCAGAAUCGCCCAGAAGACAUUAUAGCAAAACAAAAUCACCAGCGUCUUCUACCACAUCCAAACAAGAUUCAGAAGAUGAAAAGAAAAUUUAUGAAACAUUACUGGAAAUAUUGCACAAAAAAACAUCACCUGAAGUAGAUAGGUUUACACCAACGCGUAAAUCAUCUACUACGCUUGCUACUACAACAUUGCAUAAAACUUCAUCCGACAGAAUUAUACCGUUGACAGAAUUGCAAACUCCGUUUACAACUAAAUCAACCACAGGCUAUGUCGAAGCCCAUUCUCCAUUAACCACAAUAUACACUACUCCUAAAAAAAGCAGUACCACUUCUCAAGUUGUUACAUCUGAAAAUUACCCCGUUAGCGUAUCCCAUUCUUAUCCGACUACAGAAUAUCACAGUUCACCUAAAUACGAAACUACUCGAAAGAGUGGUACCACGACACCACUUCUUACUUCACAAUUAAUCUCAACCACAACAUCUGAUCUAUAUCCUAAUUAUGUUACCACAUCGCAAAAGUACGAAUUAACCCCUAUUAAAACAGAACCAAUUUCUUCGCGUCUAACAACACAAUUAUACUCAAGUACGAAAACUCAAACAACGCCAAAUCAGCAAACAACUAAUUAUUAUAGACCAGCCACUGUGCAACAAACAUACACAAAUUCCCAAACUACAAGCAAACAAUCUACUCCAUAUAUAGUGUAUACAAAACCAAGUACGUUUUCGACAUAUCAACCAACUCCCACUACUGCCUAUGUAACACCCGCAAAAACAGGUAUUAUUCCACCAAAAACGACGUUACAUUACUUUGUAGCUGAAGAACAACAGAAAACUACAUUAGUGUCAGAAAAACCUUCGAUAGCUACUGAACAGGAAAAUGAAGAAUAUGAAGAAGCAUUGUUUGAUAUUAAAGGGAAACCAACAUAUUCUACAACACCGAUAAAAAGUACUUUUAUUACGCAAAUUCCUACGCAAGGUACGACAAAAUCUUCAGAAUUUACUAAAGAACAACCUUUAACUUACCUAACCAGAAAAACAACUACAUCUUACCCUUCAACAGAACCAACAACUAAACUAUAUUUUAAGCCUGAAACUACUUACACAACAACUAAGGAGUAUCAACGACCUAGUACAUUUAAUAUACCAAUAACUGUUUAUGAACCAACUGAAACAGAUGUUACAUUAAAAGACACCAAAACUUCAACAAUUCCUUAUGGUACUCGAUUUACAGAAACUAUUUCGACUUCUUUUCAAAAACCUUUAACUAAUACUGAUCAGCCCACAACUAGUUUAUUUAAUCCUACAACUACUUAUAGCAAAAUUCCUAUUUACACCACAAAGCUGUCUAAAAUACCUACAACUGAAGUUGAAACAAGUGUAGGUUUAACAACUCUAAUGAAUAUCAGGCAAAAUAAAACUACAGAAAUGACCUAUUACACAGUUGAAGAAACAGAAGCUACAAAGGAAAGUACAUUGACAUCUCCUGAUAAUAGAAAUACACCAACGCAAAGUGAAGAUAGCACACCAAUAAGAACCACGACACCUAUUAAAAAUGUUUAUGAGCUUGAAACAACUCCAAAACAUAUAAUUACUACAAUCCAGUCUGAUGGUCGUGUUUCGGUUCAAACAACACCUAUUGAAGAAACAAGCACUGCAAAAAUUUCGACCUCAAAGCGAAAACCUACUCUAACAACUGAAAAAAGUAAUUUUCUUAUCGACACAACAUCGAAAAACGAUUUCAAAAUUCCACUUUAUAAAAAACCUCCAAAAGAUUACAGCGAAGACGACAUAUUCGGCUCGACAAGAAGCACUGUUGAAGUCUUCAGACCAACUAUAUCUAAAAAGUACACUAAAUCCGACGUUGAGGAGGCACUAUUCGAUAUCAAGAACCACAGAAAAUCUAAAACUCUGAAAAGGAGAAAAAGUACUACCACCGAAAGCGCGCCUUCAAAAGUGGUUUAUUCCGAUUUUUUUGAAGCGUCGACAAUUCCAACGGCCACCCAAAUACCGCCAACGAUGACCACACCAAAUUUCAUCCUGACCACAUCAGCUGUUUAUGCAAAACCCUCGAAAACUAGAUUUUCAGUAAGAAGAAAAACUACCACAACAGAAAUACCAGUUGUAACACUAGAAACUCUUCCUACAGCUACAGAAAGAGAAAAUUCAUUAUUACGUAAAAAUGAUCAAAUCGAACCAGUGACGCGUCAAAGUUAUUUGACAUCAAUAAGUUUUGAGGUAAACAAGAGAAAGAAACUAUUUGAAAAUCAAUUAAAGGAAAGAAAUAAAGGCAUAUCAUCCAAGACACCUAGUCUUAAACAAUUAGAACAGCACAAGUAUAUCGAAGAUGUUACCACAAUUGCUAGUACAACCAAGCCUUUCACUAAUGAAGUAUUUGAUAAACUUGCUUUAAGAUUAGUUGCUGAAGCAAAAGGAAUUGAAUAUCUCGAAAAUGCAAGUACAUUAAGCUCAGCUGGUGAAACACCGACUACUACAAUUAGUUCCAGCACAAAUUCAACAACAAAGAAAAAGAAAUAUACUAGAAGAAGAAGCUAUGUCCCUAGAUCAAAAAGGCCUGUAAGAAAAAAAAUUGUAAAAACAGAAAUAACAUAAAACCUAAAUAAUACCGCUUUUGAUUGAGUUAGUUAUUUAUUUAGUGUAAUUUGUAAAAUACUGUAUACUAUUAA